CUGUCAGGGAUCCCUCCUCCUCCUCCUGGCAGCGCCACCCCUUGUACUGAGUCACGUGACUCCUCCUCCUGCAUCUCUCAUCCUGCAGGACCAAAAGCUCCAUCAGCAAAGCCUCACCCUGAGCAUGGCCAGGAACCGCAAGGAGAGGAACAGCUGGGGUGGAUUUUCCGAUAGGAACUAUGACUGGAGUUCUGAAGAUGAGGAAUAUGAGAAGAAGGCUCAUCCAGUGCAGGUCCUUGUUGUCAAGGAUGACCACUCGUUCGAGCUGGACGAGGGAGCCUUAAAUCGCAUCUUACUGUCCGAAGCCGUUAGAGAUAAAGAGGUUGUUGCUGUGUCUGUGGCCGGCGCGUUUCGAAAAGGAAAAUCAUUCCUUAUGGACUUCAUGCUGCGAUACAUGUACAAAACGGAACCUGUUGACUGGCUCGGGGAUUAUAAUGAGCCACUUUCGGGUUUUUCGUGGAGGGGAGGUUCUGAGCGAGAGACCACGGGAAUCCAGAUCUGGAGUGAAGUCUUCCUGGUGGACAAACCUGAAGGGAAUAAGGUGGCGGUGUUACUAAUGGACACUCAGGGGACAUUUGAUAGCCAGUCUACCCUAAGAGACUCAGCCACGGUGUUUGCUCUCAGUACCAUGAUCAGCUCCAUACAGGUGUAUAAUUUGUCCCAGAAUGUGCAAGAGGAUGAUCUGCAGCACUUACAGCUGUUCACAGAGUAUGGCAGGCUGGCCAUGGAAGAGACCUUCCUAAAACCAUUCCAGUCCCUGAAUUUUCUUGUUCGUGACUGGAGUUUCCCAUACGAAUUCCCUUACGGAGCUGAUGGAGGUGCCAAGUUCUUGGAGAAGCGUCUAAAGGUCUCGGAGAACCAGCACGAAGAGCUGCAGAAUGUCAGAAAACACAUCCAUUCCUGUUUUACAAACAUCUCCUGCUUUCUCCUGCCCCAUCCGGGGCUCACCGUGGCUACCAAUCCAAACUUUGAUGGGAAACUUAAAGAAAUAGAUGAAGAAUUUAUAAAGAACCUAAAAGUGUUUAUCCCUUGGCUUCUGAGCCCAGAACAUCUCGAUGUUAAAGAAAUCAACGGGAAUAAGAUAACUUGCCGAGGCCUGGUGGAGUACUUCAAGGCCUACAUAAAGAUUUAUCAAGGAGAAGAAUUACCACAUCCAAAGUCAAUGCUGCAGGCUACUGCUGAAGCCAACAAUCUUGCCGCUGUAGCAACCGCAAAAGACUUAUACCAUAAGAAAAUGGAAGAGGUGUGUGGUGGCGACAGACCGUUUCUGGCCCCGACCGACCUACAGCAUAAGCACCAGGAGCUAAAGGAGGAAUCCGUGAAGCUGUUUCGUGGGGUAAAGAAAAUGGGUGGAGAAGAAUUCAGCCGCCGCUAUCUACAGCAGCUGGAGAACGAGAUCGACGACCUUUACGUCCAAUACAUAAAGCACAACGACAGCAAGAACAUAUUUCACGCCGCUCGCACGCCCGCUACUCUGUUUGUGGUGAUAUUUAUCACUUACGUGUUGGCGGCCAUCACGGGGUUCAUCGGACUGGACAUUAUCGCCAGUCUAUGCAACAUGAUAAUGGGACUGACGCUAAUCACCCUGUGCACAUGGGCUUAUAUCAGAUACUCUGGGGAAUAUAGAGAGCUGGGGGCAGUUAUAGAUCAAGUGGCUGCAGCUCUGUGGGACCAGGCUCUAUACAAACUAUACAGCGCGGCGGCCACUCACAGACACUUGUACCAUCACGCGUUCCCCGCACCCCAGACGGACUCUGCCGACGAGACAGAAAGGAAAAACAUGUAAACCCCCGAGUAGGAACGAGACUCUCUGCUUAACGGUUACUAGACCCUUCAGGGGGAUGGGAAAAAAAAAAGUUAACAAAAUAAAAUAAAUGCAUGUACGUUGGUGUACACUGAUCAUUAAGCAUUGAAUUAUAUAUAUAUUUAAAGGAAAUUAUGGAACAAACAUGUUCACUCAGAAAAGG